AUGGCCCCAUCGGUUUGGAAGACUAUCAAGACAGGCGGCAGGUUGAUCGCUACAGUGUCUUCUGCCCAACAAAAUGGGAAAUCCUUCUGGGGCAACCUAGAUGCACCACGAUUCCCGUCGGCACUUACUAACAAUCCCAUCCCCGAUGGGUCUCCGUGGGGCCCCCGGACCUGCGAAAACAGCAACCCCGCCCAUCUGCCCGACGUACCCAAUACAGGAAUCACCAGGAAAUAUGAUUUCACUGUUGCCCGUGCGGUUAUUGCUCCGGAUGGUGUCGAGAGGGAUGCGAUUUUAGUCAAUGAACAGUUCCCUGGGCCCCAAAUAGAGGCAAACUGGGGUGAUUGGAUUGAAGUUACCGUGCAUAACCAGAUUGAGUCACCAAAGGAAGGCACGUCCAUCCACUGGCAUGGAUUCCUCCAGACAGAAACGCCGUGGUUUGAUGGGGUUUCCGGAACUUCUCAAUGUCCGAUUGCGCCUGGCGCUUCACUCACAUAUCGCUUCCAAGCCGAGGAAUACGGAACUACAUGGUGGCAUGCUCACUUUUCUGCUCAGUACAAUGCUGGUGUGGUCGGUCCUAUCAUCAUCUAUGGUCCAACGCAACACAAAUAUGACGAGGAUGUCGGCCCUAUCAUGCUCUCCGAUUGGUACCAUGCACCUUAUUUCAAGAUCGUCUCAGAUAUGGUCGGAACGGAUUUAUCUAGAAUUCCACCGAAGAGUGACAAUAAUCUUAUCAAUGGCAGGAACAACUUCGACUGCAACAAUAUUCCUUUGAAUUCAACCCAAAAAUGUACCCCAAAUGCCGGGCUCUCAAAAUUCCACUUCGACAAGGGCCAAUCAUACCGGCUUCGCCUCCUGAAUGUCGGAUCGGAUGGCGUGCAGCGAUUUUCCAUCGAUCAACACACAAUGACCGUGAUUGCCGAAGACUUUGUUCCGAUCAAGCCAUACGAUACUGAUGUUGUCACACUUGGCGUUGGCCAACGUACCGAUGUCAUUGUUAAGGCUACCGAGGGCAAUCGAGACUUGUAUUGGGUCCGCGCCACUCUUGUUGGGGGCAAACCUUGCGGGGAAUCCCGAAAUCCGGAGGCGCUCGCGGUCGUGUACUACAACCGUGCAGAUACCGAGCAGGUGCCUGCCAGCACAGCCUCUCGUAUUGACACCACGACCUGCAAUAACGACCCCCUGAUGUCGUCUGUUCCAAUGUUCCCCAUCGUGCCUGGAGAACCUAGCUUCACCCAGGAGCUAGUCCUGUCCCUGGCCGUAAACCAGAUGGGUCAAUUUGAAUGGCGCAUCAACAAUCAGACUUUUCGCACGAAUUUCAACAAACCAAUCCUCGACCUCGCUUCCCAAGGCAUCACUUCUUACCCUGACGAUCCUCAGUUGAAUGUCUACAACUAUGGCACCAACACUUCCGUCCGCUUCAUCAUUGAGAACAAUGCUCCUGCGGUCCAUCCAUGGCACCUUCAUGGCUACGACUUCUUUGUUCUUGACAGCGGCAAGGGCAAGUGGAACGGUAGCAUUGUGAACGCACAUAACCCCCAGCGCCGCGACGUUCACAUUAUUGAGGCGAACGGAUAUGCCGUCUAUCAAGUCACUACUGAUAACCCGGGUGUUUGGCCAUUCCACUGCCACAUCGCUUGGCAUCUCUCAGGAGGUCUGUCCAUGAAUGUCAUGGUCAAACCUGGAGAUCUGAAGCCGAUUCCGGAAAUGAUUUCCCAGACUUGCGCGAAGUGGCAGGCUUACAUAGAUACCAACCCUGGCGGCCCCAUUGAUACGGCGUGAACACCUCCCAUACCCUGUUUUUGAGCGUCUUUAAUGCUUUUGUCAGUCGCCUUUCUUCCUACCACGCCUACGGGUCCCAGUAAUAAGCCUAGCGAUUUAAAAGAGCAUCGAACUGAGUCCUGGACUAGUCACCUUGGUGCCAUUUAUUGAGUAUUGGUUUUUGUGAGCCCUGGAGUUGGGG